AUGACGGAUCGUCCGGUCGACAAGGCCCGCAUCACUGAAGACGACACGACAUAUUACACGUCCUGGGUUCACAUCGACAGAUUCUCGAGUACAUUGUUCCUUGUCCAAGACCAUAGCGGAGCGUCAAUACAAAACACUGAGCCCACUCCAAUGGAGCGCUGGCUUUCGGAGACCCCUAGCGAGGCUUGCUGGGAUGGCGUCGAGUCCUUCCGAGUCCCUACAAUUGAGCAUCCAGCACAAAGAAAGGACGCAGCGCCUGUGAGUGACACGGAUGUUACUAUCGCAGAUACCAAUGAGUAUCAUAAGGACGCCUGUCGCGAGACUGCUAUGUUGCUGGUUGAAAUCACAAUCGGCAGACUUCCCAAGAAUUUCCCCUCAUCAUAG